UGUGAAAUUCCUCACUAGCAGGCUGAUUCCUACGGUUAUCCAGGCUGCUUCCUCCUCCAGCGUCUGCCGUGGACUCUGGGGCAAACUAUUUCACAGCUCGUGGAAACCUUAUCUGCUCCAGGAAUGAUAUUUUCACCGGUGGAGGGUUGAUGUUUCCUCACCGGGCGCCCCCAGGGUCGCUGACUGCCGACAGCUCGCCACCUCUGUCAGCCUCUCGAGUGAGUCGAUAGAUUGCCUCAAGCUCUGCAAAACAGUGCACAAGGAUCCGCUGCAUCUGCCAGCGGUUGAGCUGAGUGGCCUCUGUUUUGCCCCCGAGCCCAGCUGCUUGGGUAGGACUGCAUCACCAUGGACACAGAGUCCACCUACUCGGGCUACUCCUACUACUCAGGACGCUCCAGGGGAUCCCACAGGCACGGGGAAAGAAGCCGGGAUCGCCAUAAGGUGCGCAGUAAAGACAGCCGCUCAGAAAAGUCUGUUACAAUUAACACACCGCCUGCAGAGCCGCUGCUGGGUGACUCGGUCGUUCGGGGAGAGCAGGUCCAGGAUGACAACUGGGGCGAGACUACCACUGCUAUCACUGGCACAUCUGAGCACAGCCUCUCUCAGGAGGACAUUGUUCGCAUCACCAAAGACCUAGAGGACAGCGUUGGGCUAGACUGCCGCCGUUACUUCACCCUGACCUUGGCCGUGAUCCUGGGACUGCUGGUGUUCCUGACGCCAAUUGCCUUCCUGGUGCUUCCUCACCUCCUCUGGCCUGAGAAGCUGCAGAGCUGCGGCACGGCCUGUGAAGGUCUCUUCAUUUCCGUGGCCUUCAAACUACUCAUACUGCUGCUGGCCGUGUGGGCGCUGUUCUUCAGGCCGCCGCGGGCUGGCCUCCCGCGGGUCUUCCUCUUUAGGGCAUUGCUUGCUGUGCUGGUGCUGCUCUUUGUCGUCUCCUACUGGUUGUUCUACGGUGUUAGGAUACUCGACUCACAGGAUGACAACUACCAGGGAAUCGUGCAGUACGCCGUGUCGCUAGUGGACGCUCUGCUCUUCAUCCACUACUUGGCCAUCGUACUGCUGGAGCUCAGGCAGCUUCAGCCAUGCUUCUCCUUGUGUGUCACACGCUCCACAGAUGGAGAGACAAAGCACUACAAUCUGGGACAGCUCAGUAUUCAGCGAGCAGCUCUGGCCAUCAUCGAGCAUUACUAUUGCGAUUUCCCAGUCCACAACCCGGCGUUGCUCUCGGCCUCCAAAUCCCGCGCCGCAAAGCACUUGGCUGGCCUCAAGGUCUACAACGUGGAUGGUGAGUUCCCAGCAGCCCCCGCUGAGGGCCCAGGAAAUAAUGCUGCAGCAGGUCUAGCUCACUCCCAGUCCAGAGCCAUGAUCGCAGCAGCUGCUCGACGCAGAGACUCCAGCCACAACGAGCUCUACUACGAGGAGGCCGAGCACGAAAGGCGCGUCCGCAAACGGAAAGCGAGACUGGUGGUGGCAGUAGAGGAAGCAUUCACACAUAUCAAGCGCAUGCAAGAGGAAGAGCAGAAGAAGGCUCCGAGUGAUGUGAUGGACCCACGAGAGGCGGCGCAGGCCAUCUUCCCCUCCAUGGCUCGAGCCCUCCAGAAAUACCUGAGGACCACCAAGCAGCAGCACUGUCACAGCAUGGAGAGCAUCCAGCAGCACCUGGCCUUCUGUAUCACCAACAACAUGACACCCAAGGCGUUUCUGGAGAGCUACCUGAACCCAGGUCCGACCCUGCAGUACAGCCGCGACCACUGGCUCGCCCGUCAGUGGACACUGAUCAGCGAGGCAGCGGUCACCAGCAGCCUGAAGGACGGCACAAUCUUCCUGCUCAAGUGCGUGGACUUCAGUCUGGUGGUGACAUGCAAGAAGAUCCCGUACAUCCAGAUGUCGGAGGAAUACAUCGACCCCAAGUCACACAAGUUUGUCUUGCGGCUUCAGUCUGAAACCUCCGUGUAGGAAGACUUUGUUUUUUUUUACUCUUCACUCUUUUUUGUUGCUCUCAAAUGUUUUCAUUUUGGGUUUGCAGUUUUUAUUUUAAAUUGUUUUGGAAUUUUUAUAUAUUGUAUAUGAGUCUCUAUAUCACACCCGUUUGAAUAUAUUGAUCUUUUUAUGUUGUAUUUGGAUGGAAAGAAGAAUUGCCACAGGAUUAAGCUCACAGGGGUUUGGACGCCUUGUGUCAUUACCGUUCGUUCCUUUUGUGAGCAGUUGGAGUCGAACCAAACAGGAACAUUUGAGGUUGACGUCUCCACAGAGACCUUUUUUUGUCUCUGUCACACUUUUAUAUGCAUGGAACAGACCGAGGAACUAUCAAGGGCCGCGCUGGUGUGCCUCGUAUUUUGACAUUUGUCACCUGAAACAAGUAUUUUGCCUGUUUUGCCGUCUCGCCUUCAACAUCUGAAGGUAUUCAGAUGCUUUUGGACGUCAACAGAUUGAGAUGUAAAUGGAUUUAUUUCUCUCUCUCUCUCUCUCCAAAAAGAAACCAACAAAUUAAAUGCAUUUGACAAAAAAGAAACUAAACUUCAAUCAGAUUUUGCAUUAAAUGCACAUUCAUGUAUGUUUUUAAAUUAAAAGAAAGUAUCUUAAAGGUUGGAAUAUAUGUGCUCCAAAAGGAUGUCUGACUCUUUUCAUUUCCUCAUCCCUACUUCAGGACAUCUGCACAGCUCCGUUGUGUUUCUGCAUUUGAAGCAUUUGAAACAUCAAACCUCACUAAGACUGGUCAUACAGUAGCAGCCUUGUGUUCUAAUGUUAGCAGCCAAAGAGGGACGCUUUGGCCUGUUUCGGUGCGUGAUUUCUCUCCAGGUGCAACGGAGCAAAACCAGAAAUAUUUCCACUCCAGUUGGGAACAACACACGCAUGCUAUGUUUAACACCCAGGUGAACUCAGAGUGAACCAGGCUAUAAAGGCCGAUGGAUAUUUGGCCAAAAAACAUUUGCCCUGCCUCAUCGCUUCAGUAACGUUCUCACUGCUUUUCACGUCCACCAAUCUGCCUCCCUGAUGUGAUGGAAAGGCAAGGCGGUGAGAAGGGAGGGGCAGAAAAAAUACUGAUUUCUACAGACCAUAAUUCAAAAUCCUCUCUUAGUAAAUUUAAAACAAAUUUAAACACUGUAAAUUCUCAAGUCACCUUCAACAAAACUCUCCCUGAUAUUUCCCACAUUAAAAGCUUUUUAAAACCACAGUAAUCAGGACCACUCGAAAAAUAGCUGGUUGUUGAGUUUCAUCCUCAGGUUCUUAACAUAUGGGACCAUGGCUCUCUGUUCUCAGAUUAACUCCUUUAAUACGAGACAGGCGACUAGUGACAAUCUUUCCAGAGGAGUAAAUAUUAAAAUAUUGCAACAUUUCAAA